AUGGCGUUGCGCUCUCCCGCUCGUCUAACGCGUCGCGCCCCCCUCUGGAUCACCCGAUCAUUUGCGACGCGGCAACCUCCUCCGUUCCCCACGGUGUCGUCAUGCCCAUCUCCAACAUGUGGAUGCGCUGCUACGCCCGCCAUGCCUGAGGGUUUAGACAUUGAUUUCAAGAGUAAUUUGAAUGGCGUGAUUUCGGGGUAUGCGGAACAAGUGCUCGUUUGCACGGGCCGUGAUGACUGGACGUCGAGGAUAGAGGACGAGUGUGACGGGGACAAUUUGGCGGCAGACUUGAAGGAAUUGUUCGGUCGAGGGGGGAGGUAUAGUGACCCCUUCCACAACAUAUCCGUCAUCAACUCCUCCUUCCCGUCCUCCAUACCUCCUCGCUCCGAACUUCACUCCACGUCGGCCUACCUCCUGCCCUCAUUCAAGUACAUCCCCUUCCUGCCCCGGAUCUCUUUUGACAGCGUCGAGGCCCUUGCCAAGGGGUUCUUGCUCCCGGAGAAGCUGCACUCUGCCCACGACGGCCUGUCCCCCGUUCACCGGGACAGGCUGACGCGCAAAGAGGCUUACCAGGGCCUGUUGCCGGGGGUCCAGGACGUCAAGGAUGUGUUGGUUCUCAUCUGCGGUCAUGGGGGGCGAGACGCUAGAUGCGGCAUCAUGGGACCAGUCUUGAGGGACGAGUUUGAACAGAAACUUGCACUGCGGGACUUUGACGUCGUCACUGCCCCGGUGGAGGUGAACCUCGCCUUUGGAAAUACAGAGAGGAUAGGGGGGGACGUUUCAGGAAAGAGCAUUGCUAGAGUGGGAUUGAUUAGCCAUAUUGGAGGACACAAAUUUGCCGGAAACGUGAUUGUGUAUGUUCCGCCUGGUUAUGAGUUGCAAGGAGGCCGGCCGCAUCCGCUUGCAGGAUGUGGGAUUUGGUACGGGAGGGUUGAACCGAAGCAUGUGGAGGGUUUGGUGGAGGAGACUAUUUUGAGGGGGAAUGUGGUGGAGGAUAUGUUUAGAGGGGGAAUAGAUGCGAAGAGGAGGAUAUUGAGGUUGUGA